GGACUUACCCCAUCCGUCAUAUGUAUUCUGUCUCAGCUGGUCUCUUUGCUCUCCUUAUUAAUAGCAUCCUAUCCUCGAAGGUGAAGCAAUAAAGAAAGAGAGGCAAAGAAGAAAUAAAAUAAUGGGGAGGGGGAAAGUGGAGCUGAAGAGGAUUGAGAACAAGAUCAACCGCCAGGUGACCUUCUCCAAGAGAAGAAAUGGGCUCCUAAAGAAGGCUUAUGAGUUGUCGAUUCUUUGCGAUGCCGAGGUCGCCCUCAUCAUCUUCUCCGGUCGUGGAAAGCUCUAUGAGUUCGGCAGCGUCGGGAUAAGCAAAACUAUCGAGCGAUAUCAAAGUUGCCAUUAUGCUUCUCAAGAUGAUACUAUAGAUGAACAUGGGACACAGAACUGGUACCAUGAAUUCUCAAAGCUGAAGGCAAAAUAUGAGUCCCUGCAGCGCAGACAAAGGCAUCUGCUAGGAGAAGAUCUUGGGACCUUGAGUGUGAAAGAAUUGCAGCAACUAGAACGGCAACUUGAAUCAGCUCUGUCACGAACUCGGCAAAGGAGGGUAGUGGCUGAUACACAGAUAAUGCUGGACCAGAUGGAAGAACUUCGGAAAAAAGAGCGUCAUUUGGAAGACAUCAACAGGCAGCUCAAAAAUAAGCUUGAGGUUGGAGGAUACUCCUUCAGAGCCAUUCAAGGAUCUUUGGAAUCUAAUGCCAUGAUUGCAGGCAAUCCAUUCCCUUUGCAUCAUUCUCAGUCCAACACGAUGGUCUGCGAACCUGCUCUACAAACAGGGUAUCACCACUUUUUCCCUCCUGAAACAGCUAUCUCAAGUAACAGUGCUGCGGAGAAUAAUUUCAUGCAGGGAUGGCUCUUUGAACUGAAUGGACAUGAUCCCUGAUGUUAGACAUAAGGUAUCAAGACCAGUAUUUAAAGACUGAGAUGCUUUCCUGAUGAAAAUAAUGAUUUAAAUUUUUAAUCAGUUGUUUGUUUGCUAAAGCUAGACUUCAGUAUUGUGUUGUGUCCGUCAUAAAUCUUUAAGCAAUUGUUUAUUUGCUUAAUCUGAACUUCAGUAUUGUGUUGUAUCUUCAUAAGUAUAUCAAAUUUGUGUAGUUAUAUGCACAUGCUCACUGUAUAAAUGUUGGCUUUGUAAUAAUUUUCUUGCGAAGAGGUGAUGUAGUAAUUAAACCAUAAAA